AUGGCGCCCGAGGUCAUGGUUGCAUUGUCAGACCGACUUCCUGCCACCUUUGAGAGUAGGGCCAAGAAUUGGGAGAAGGAUCCAACCGAUAUUGCCUCAAUAGCGGCUAGUGAAGCGGCAGGAGCCCAAUUUCGCAAAAUGGCCCUUCCAGGUUCCGCAUCGUAA